AUACUAAAAUAGAAGAAGAACCAACACUGAACCACCAGAUAUAACCUUACAUUUAUUAAAUUUUGAGUAGUCAUCGAUUUAAUAAUUAUUUUUUAGAAAAAUGACAGAGCCCUUGAUAUGCCUUCCUGGGCAAAGAUUAUGCCUUUGUGGCAAAGUAUACACAUCUGGCCAAGGAACUUAUGAAAGACAAGGAUAUAUUUAUUCACAACUUGCAGGAUAUGUUGACAUUAUUGAAAAAGAUGGUGUAAAGAUUGUGGAAGUUCAUACUAGUGGAGAACAAACGGUUGUUCCAGCACAAGGUGACAUAGUAACAGCUCAAGUUUCAGUUAUUACUCAACAAUAUGCGAAGUGUUUCAUAAAAUGUGUAGGAGACGCAGUAUUGAGGCGACCUUUAAGAGCCAUACUGAGAAGAGAAGAUGUGAGAGCAACCGAGAAGGACAAAGUAGAAAUUUACAAAAGUGUCAGACCUGGAGACAUCAUUUUAGCUAGAGUAUUACCAAUAACAGAAGCCCACAAUUAUCAAUUAUCUACAGCAGAAAAUGAAUUAGGUGUAGUAAUUGCUCAUUCCGAACAUGGUCAUCCAAUGAUUCCAAUCAGCUGGACAGAUAUGCAGUGCUCAAAAACAUUUGUUAAAGAACCAAGAAAAGUUGCCAAAGUUGUACCAGAAAAUUUUAAUCAAGAAACUACAUAAUUUUAUAUUCUGUUGAUUAUGAUAUUUUAAGUUGGUAGCAAAGAAGUAAAAUAUUAAGAUGUGAUAUUCUUAAUUUAAUAUUUUUUUAAGGAAAUACAGUAAAGUUAGUUUUUUCAUAUGAAUAUUGUAGAUUAAAGUGAUUAUUUCAGUUAAAUCACAUCCACUUCUCUUGCUAAUUUUACUGACUUAUAUUCUGGGUAAACCUUAAAAAAAUCGAAAAUCGUUGAUUUAUUUAAAACAAAUCACAGGUGUUUGGGUUUUUUAUUUUUCUAUUUCAAUGAAAAUAUUGAUACUUUCACUGUUUUAUAUUCAUUAUCCGCGGUAGAUAAUUUGAACACAUGUUGGAACAUAUCUAUCUUCGAUUUAUGAACAUCUGAAAUUAUAAUUUGAAUUCAAAACUAGCCAUAUAAUAAUAAUAAAAUCUAUAAUAUUCAUCUUACUAAUUAUUAAUUAUCCAAAGAUUUAUUAUUGAUAUUUGUAAGUACAUUUGUGUUUUUAGAGUUCAAGUUUGAGGUUUAAAGAAGGUUCAAUCUUGUUGUGACAUAAACUGUAAGACUAGAAGGGAAAAGAGUGUACAUGGAAAUAGAGUAGAUAGUUCCUUCUGUUUUUGAUGAUGUAUAUAAUAAAUGAAUUGCUUACUUCUCAGACCUGCUUUAUAUAGUUUUGUUGAUGUUUGGAUGAAGGCUGAAUGUAGUCGAAAAGUAAAAUUUUUAACUGUCUUAAAAAAAGUAAUUUUACAUCAAGCGUUUAUUUGCAUAUUGAUUUUUGAAAUCCAUGAAUUAAAUAGUUUUUAGAAGAAAUAACAUAAUUUAAAACCGAUGCAAAUUAUUAUUGUUAUACUUUUAUACAUUUUUUUAUUGUACUUGACUAUUAUUUCAUUACCAGACGAUGAAUACAUAAGUAUUCGAUAGCUUGGAACAUAUUAAAGUUAGUUCUUUUGGUGUUUAAUUUUUCUAUAUUCCCACUAUGAAAAAGUUCAUAAUCUAGCUGGCAAAGACUUCAUUCUAAUAUCACGAUACAAUACUAUAGACUAUAAGCUUAUUAUCAUUAAGAUAAAACAGUUUUGUGAUUGUAACCCUCCCCAUAUAAUGUAUAUAUUAAAUAUAAGAUUAUCUUGUCUGUUCAUUGUAUUUUAAUCUAUAUUAUUAUUUAUUCUAUGAUUCAGGAUUUUUACAGUCCAUGCAAACAUACUAUUGUAUGAUAUUAUAUGGACUCUCCUAAACAAAUAUAUAAUAUAAUUCCUCAUUUUUAAACAAGAAUAUUAGAUUUUAAGAAUACAUUACCCAUCGAACUGUACAGAUGUAAUAAAUAUUAUUAUUAUAUUGUAUAAGUAAAUCUUUUUAAUUUUAUAAAUAAUCGAAUUGGCUUGGGAUCUUUAUUUCUUUUAUCAUACCUUACCUAAAAUGAAAAAAUUUAAAUUUCGCUAGCGACCAAUAUUGAGUAUUAAUUUAAUAGUAUUCAAUUUAAAAUGUUCAAAAAGUUUACAUAUCAAAUCAAAUAGCAUGGCUAUUUGCCCUCUUUAGCUCUAUUUAGAACCCUUAUAAUGUUGGCAUUUCAGAACUACGCACAUACGGCGGAUUGAAAAUCCUUACCCUCGUCAGAAGAAACAUUGGGCGUAUUCAGAAUAUGUUCGAAAUUAGGAAUCUGUGCUCCACGAUUACAGUAUUUUAAAUCCCGAACGUGUUUUAUUAGCAUCGAGAACGCACAAUUUCAAACUGUCAUGAAUCUGAUGACAAAACAUGCUCAGGAUAUUUACUUCAAACAAAGCUAAUAUUAAUUUCUUGGAACUAAGUGAUCUUAUCACCAUAAAUAACAAUAUGAGGAAGAAAAAUUGCAAUGUUUUUUUUACAUUAAUAAUAAUAAUAAUGUUUAUUUGCCAAAAACAUUACAAAUUAUUUCAAUGUACAAUAUUCACUCAUUUUUAUUUUACAAUAAUUUGAAGUUUAAAGAGAACAAUGAAAAGGAAGGAAAGAAAACGUCGGCCCUUUAACAUUUAGGAAUGUUAUAACUAUGAUAUAUAAUCAAUUCUAAAUAAUACAAAAUCUAAUCCCAUCAAAACUAAAUGUUGCGAAUGGCAUUAUCUUUUGUUCAUUUAAGUACUUAUCUAAAAUGUAUUAGGUAAAUAAAUAAAAACCUAACAGCAUUAA